AUGAAGCUCGCUAUCUUUCUCACGUCAACUUUCAGCUGUCUGCUGGCUGUUGACGCCUUCCCUCUCUUCAAUAGAGCUACUGAUCCAAACACCGUGCUGUCAGUCCUAGCCCAGCAACCAGACCUUUCAAUAUGGUCCGGAUUCAUUCAGAAAUCUGGUGGUGAUAAUCCCAAUCCCGCGUUUGAAGAACGCUUCAACUCACCACUUGAUACGAGGAAUUAUACAGUAUUUGCACCGACUAAUGCUGCAAUGAGCAAAAUCCCUAAGGCAACACUCGAUCUUCUCGCCCGCUCGCAAUCCUACGAGCUCUUGGAAUCGCUCGUCAGGCUGCACAUCACGGAAGGAAUGUUCACAGCCUUAGACCUAACAUCCGCCAACGCACAAUCCCCAAUGACAGCCAUCGAAGGCUUCCCACUAGCAGUCUCCGUGACUCCAGCAACAGAGGCCGGCCAACAACCGAAAUACAAGCUCAACGACGUUGGGCUGACUCUAACUGACAUUCCCGCUUCGAACGGCCGCAUCCAUACGCUCGAUGCAAUGUUGAAUCCAUAUUCCAAUUACUUCGGCGUCAGUAACUCGUCGGCUAAACCAGCUGGAGGAAGUCCUCCCCAGGGACCAAACACGACAAUGUUGGAUGUCGUGGAAUCUGACCCGCGCUUGUCAACUCUUCACACGCAAAUCGGCAACGUCGAUCCUGAAUUCUUGUCCAGGCUAUCGCUCUCAAAGCCGGAGAAUGAGAGGCAGAUAUUUCUUGCUGCGUCUAACGAUGCCUUCCAGAACGUUGCGGUGAAUUCCAUGUCUGCGCCGUCGAAUGUGGGAUUGUCGAGGUAUUUGCUGAGGUUUGGGAUGUUGACCGGGGAUUUGAGCGCGUUGAAUAUGAUGGUUGAGGGACAGGUGCAGAGUGUGAGUGGGUUUAAUGUUACUGUGAAGAAGAGGGGGGAGGCGUGGGUGGUGGGCAAUGCGGCGGUUGUGGAGAGGGAUAUUUGUACGGGGAAUGGAUGUGUUUGGAUCAUAGAUAAGGUUCUGGAUCCGCUGUCUGGGGCUCUUUGA